CGGGAGGGCCUUUCGCGCGUAAACGGAAUCCCUUCAUUCAUUGUCAGCUUCCUGGAGCCAUUUUUCAUCUGGCAGGACAGGGGCUUGCGUCAGUUUUAAAUCCAUCGCAUCUGCCCGCCUGUACGCUAAAUAUACGACCAAAACGGGAAAUAUCUAUACCUUAGGUCCUCUGCUAACGUUUAUCAAUAAUAUUAUAUGCCAAAGAACGUUGGAUUUGAAGAAAAUUUGCUUCAAAAUAAAGGAGGGACAAAAGGCAAUCGAGUCUAUAAAGAUGAGAAAAGGGAUCUCCUCAGCCCCGGAGAAAGUAAUAAUAACAGGGGUUGGGAGCUCUUCGCUGGACAAAAAUACUAUUUUAACGGCAUUGUCAGACCGAUUUACUUCUAGUCUUUCAACAGCUACAUAUAACGUUAUACAAAUUAUCACCCCGCCGUCCUGCAUCACACAGACUUCAAAUGUCUGUGUGUCCGACCCUCCAACUAGCAGUAUAUACACUACUCCUCACGGAACUACAAACGCAACCGGACAACGAACUGCAUUAGGACGUCCUCUGGCGAAGCGGCGGCUGGAGCUGGACGAGACUGAGCGCCAGUCCCCCAGUGAAGGAGCCAAGACCCCCAAGGGCAAGGGCGGAGCAACUGCGCCCAACCUCAGGAGUCCCAGAACUCCGAAGUCCCCUUUGGAAAAGACGCGCUAUGACACAUCCUUGGGCCUGCUGACCAAGAAGUUCCUGCAGUUACUCGGUCAGUCGGCAGAUGGAGUGGUGGACCUGAACCGUGCCGCGGAGGUUCUGAAAGUCCAGAAGAGACGUCUGUAUGACAUCACAAAUGUGCUGGAGGGUGUCCACCUCAUCAAGAAGAAAUCAAAAAACAAUAUUCAGUGGAUGGGCUGCAACCUCUCAGAGGAUGGGACCACGCUGUCACAGUGCCAGGGCCUGAGUGCUGAAGUGGCCGAGCUCAGCCGCCAGGAGAAGAAGCUGGACGACCUGAUCCAGUGCUGCAGCCGUGAUGUGCGGCAGAUGACCGAAGACUCGCGCAACCAGAAAUAUGCCUAUGUAACGUACCAAGACAUCCGGCGCAUCCCCAGCCUGGAGGAUGAGACUGUGAUUGUGGUCAAAGCUCCUUCAGAGACUAAGCUGCAGGUGCCUGAUCCACAUGAGAUUUUGCAAGUGCAUCUGACCAGCACCAAGGGGCCUAUAGAUGUGUUCUUGUGUCCGGACGAUAACGCUCCCGACAGUCCGACGGCAGACAGAGGCUUUGAUGUGAAAGGAGACUCCUCCCCCUUUGUAAAAGUCGAAGACGAUUGUGCAAGUAUCGGCAGCAUCCGGCCUGGAGAUCCCGACGCUGCUGUGGUGGUCUCCACUCUCUCUCCCAUCAACUCGCCCUUCACCUGCCUCCUGCAGCAGACCGAGGACCAGAUGCCCUUUGUCAGUCUGUCUCCGCCCCUCCUCAACGACGACUACCUGAGCCUGGGCGAGGAUGCGGGCAUCAGCGACCUCUUUGACGCCUAUGAUUUGGACACGCUCCCACUGGAUGACCUUCUUGGCAACUGAAGCGGGAGGAAGGGAGGUUAUGUGGAGGAUGGCUGUCCCAGCGCAAGGAGAGGCCAGCGCAAGGCCAAUAUGGAACCCCUUGCCACUUUUAUUGAUUUUUUGUAAUAAUUUUUUUUAAUUAUUAUUUUUUUUUCAAUGUAUAUAAAAGAGGGGUUCCCUGGCUUAGCACAUCACUCCUCAGGCCCACAGAGGGGAUUGCCUUAAACCUGUACUUCUUGGAAUAAUCUUAUUUCCAGUUGGACAUGUGAGCUGCCUUACCAAUUGUGGCACCCCAACCCCCCCCCCCCAAAUCUAUUUUGGGCCAUGGGUAUUCAGUUGCAGGAUUGUUUCUGGCCUAUUGGUGGUAAGGGUGGAUGGACUAUACAUAGGCACUGAGUGAUUGAUACGGCAUGUUUUAAUUUUAUAAUUUUUUUUAAUAUAGUCCCCUGUGAUCGGUGUGCUGGAUAUUUUGCAAUUGGGCAGGAUAGCUGUCGUGUAAUGUCCCGCAGAGGACAGCACACUGGUCAGAAUUUGUGUCUCGUGCCUCCAGUUAGGGCUACAAAUGGAAUAACAGGCCGUAUAUAUUCCAUUAAGCUUCACACCUUUGGCUGAAUUUGGAGGCAAUCCACCACAAAUGUAUAAAUGUAUGUUUGCGUGUAAUUUUCCCUGAAUGUAAAAUAUGCGAGGAUUUUUUUCUCAACGCAGAAAUGGAACCGUUUAUAGGUGUUAUCUAUAAAAUCUUAAGUGUCUUCUCUGAUCCUCACAUCUGCUCUGUUCUCUUCCUCAGAUGAGCAGAUUCAGGGAUUGGAGAAGCGGUGUAAAAAAAUUCCACACCAUGUAUGAAGUGAUUUUGUGUGUGCAACGUGCAGCGUGACGUAGGAUGUCAAAUCUCAAUAGGAAUUUUUGAGGGAUUUCUGUGUUUCCCAACGGUUGAAACAGGAACUUAAUGGUAGUUUGAGGUGUGAAUGUUCUGUCCUGUCCCGUGAUUCAGUGUUGACACCCAGCACCCCCCACCGUCCUUUUCCCUGUUGCAUUUACAGUUACUAUUUAACCUUUGUGUAAAACUUUUAGUAUAUACAGUGGGGUGCAAAGAUUUGGGCACCCCUGGUUUACAUGUCUUGUAAUGAAUCUGCAUGUGAUCAAAGCAAACCUGAACUCUAAAUGGUAUAGAGUUCAAUAUGAAACCUUUAUGCAAACUUUAAAGCAAGAUUGCUUUUUAUUUAGAUUUUUUUUACUGCCUAUAAAUUAUAAAAAAGGAAAAGAGCCCUGUGCAAAAGUUUGGGAACCCUUUUGGAUUAUUCUUUGUCACUUUUAAAAAAGAUGAUUACUUACUAAGGCCCAGACCCAGGUGAUUUACUCGUUAGGGCUUCAAUGAGUCAGGUCAGUAUAAUUCCAGGGCUAAACUUUUUAUUCUGAACUAAAUCCAUGCCUUCUAGAGUAUCCAACUGUGGCUGUUCUGUUUGGUGUUGACAACCAUGGGUUCCUCUAUGCAUCGUUCAUUUCCACCAAAAAGGAGAAGGCCACAAAAACUCUCAAUGUUUCAAACUACCUACUUCUACUAUCAGAUUAUAUUAUCAGAAAAUGGAACAGUUGAAGUGAAGGCUAGGUCUAGAAGACCAUUUCAGAUAUAAUGGCCCGAGACCUGGUGAGAAAUACUCAGAAGAACCCACACAUCACUGCAAAAGAACUGCAAAAUAGCUGGCGACUGCAGAUCUAGCUGUUCACAGGACAACAAUACAACAUACUUUAAACAACAAAGAUUUACAUGGCAGAGUUGCCAGAAAGAAUGACCUCUAUACAAAAUCUGAGGUAUGCAAAAGAAAACAGUGAGAAGCCUGAAGCAAUGUGCUUUGGACUGACGAAACCAAAAUUGAACUUUCUGACCACCACCAAAAAAGGUAUGUUUGGAGAAAAAAGGGUGAAGCCUUUGCCAACUGUGAAGUAUGGAGGUGGAUCCAUUAUGUUUUGGAGUUGUGUGGCAGCUGGGCACAGGAAAUAUUGUGCGAGUGGAAGGAAGAAUGGAUUCUACCAAAUAUCAAGAAAUACUAGAGGCUAAUGUUCAAAGGUCAGUCCAGACAUUAAAAUUGAAGAGAGCUUAGGUAUUCCAAAGCAUAUGGAUAAUAAUCCAAAGCAUACCUCAAAAUCAACCAUGAAGUACCUUCAGGAAAAUCUGUGGAGAGAUCUCAAGGAGGGUUUAUGCCUGGAAGAAUGGGGAAAAAUUCCAAAAGCAGGAAUUUUUAAGAUUCUUAGCUGGCUACAGGAAGCGUUUUAAAACUGUUAUAGUUGCGAGGAGGAGUUACAGAGUAUUAACUGACAGGGUUCCCAAACCUUUUCCACAGGGCUUUUUUCCUUUAUGUAUUAUUUUGAAACUUUAAAAAACUGUAAAGUAAUCUUGCUUUAAAAUGUGAAGAAAUGUCAUGGUCGACAUUGUACCAUUUAGAGGUCUGGUUCGCUUAUGCUCACUUGGAUAUUAAUUGUAAAAUGUUGUUUGACCAGGGGUGCCCACAUUUAUGCACACUAUAUAGUGAUUAUUAGUGAGGUGUGGUGUGGAACAGAAGUGCGUUUUUCUUGGCAGCAAAGCACAAAUUAUUUUGGUUUUUCUGGGCUGCCCAUAAAAUGCUGGGAAACAUCUGAUUUGCUACCACCUUGGUGUACAUUGCAUGCAGAUGUGAAGCAUGAGAGGGGUCCUGAUAGUCAUAUUAUCCCCUCAUUUGCUAAUUGAGUUCAAACUGCUGUCACUAGCUGACGCACCCUUUGGGGUGUGCAGGCUAAACUUUUGGCUGAGCUUUUCCUCUGCUUCUUGGGUGUUUUUGAAAUGCACCCCAAUUCUGAAUGCACUUUACUCCUUUUCCUCCCUUCAAUUUGUGCAACAGGCUUUUUGGUCAGUUAACUUAGGCAGGAGGCAGGGCAGAGUUUUCGAGUCUUUCCGCCCAGGUUUUUUGAGACUGGUCUCUGUAACCUUUCUUCCAAGUGACAAAGGGAUUCACUUUUGUGCCGCUGUGCUAUUGCUUAUCUGCUGAAAACCUCAGGACCUGGGAUGUAGUUAUGCUGUCAGUUCCUUUUUUUGAAACUGUUGAUAGAGAAAAAAAUGCAUUUGAAACUUCAAAAACAAAACUUUACAAUCUCACCAUAACGUUAUGGGCCAUAAUUGUGGUGCAGCAAUGACAGAGAUACUGUCUUUAAAGUUACGAAAACCAAAGUUUUAAAGCUUACAGUACGAUUCCCUAUACCUUAUUUUAAUGCUCGUUAGGUACUGUAGACUACCUCCAAACCAAGGUAUUUGUUUUUGUGAAGUUUUUAACGGUCUCUACGCUUAAACGAAUGGAACACUUUUGAUUACAUUUUAAUGCAAUGUUAACUGUAUUUUCUUGCUAGCUUUAAGGUGACUGUUAUUCAGCAUAUGCCGUUGACCAUUGUAAAUAUAUUUUCACCCACCUCCCCACACUCAUACGAACUUAUCAGUUAAAUUUUAUGAUUUUCUAUUUGGAAUAGAACUAGUUCCGAACAUAUAUUAUUUUCCCCUAGCUCUGAAUCUUUCAAAGUGUAUAUAAAUAAAACCACUGUCUUGUAUAGCUGUGUUCAUUAAUUAAGGAUAAAAAUGUCCAUCUUAAAUAUGUUUCAUUGUGGAACCUGAAUGGGAGAGGGGUGGGAUGGUCACUGGGAGCAUUUGUGAUGCUUCCAUGAACUUUUGAUUCUGGGUCGUAGUGUAUUUGUAUUUAGCUGCCAUUCAUGAGUGAAACUUUGUGUAUGUUAUUACAUAUUUUAUAUGCAUAUGGAAUUCUGUGAACUGAGGAGCCCACUGCCCCAAAUGUAGAACAUGACAGCAAUUAUAAAGCACCAUGUUUGUGUCCAAUCUUGAAUAUAUGGAAUUACCACUGUUAUGUGCAUGUCCAAAAUCCUGUGCUCAGUUAUGAAAUUGUGCCUUUGUUCAACUUUCUUCUGUACCAAAUAUGCAGUAGGAAAACCCAAACCACUGUGCUCAUUUUGUAGAACAGUAGAACCUUCAGAAAGUUUUCCCAACAUUGCUAAUAUUUUGCUAAAUUAGUUUUGUAUGCAUGCUGUCACAUUUAUACCCAUUUCAGUGUGCAUUUGUAGAUAAUGUGCACCCUUGAUAAGACAAUUGAGUCUUACUCUAUUGGUCACUGAUUGAGAGGAUCAGUCUUCACAAUUGUAUCUUCCUGUAUGAUGAAGCUUUUUAAAAUUGUGUCUUUGUGGUGGAUGAUACAGUAAUAUACCAUGUAUUGUAACAUCCAAGCUACCAAUUACAUUUCCCUCCCUUGUAAAUGUAUUCCACUUGUAUAUGGCUAUUUAUCUGUUGCAAAUUUGUCAUGUAUUGUGCUGCACUGCCCAUCUUACUGGAAGUCCUGUUUCACGUGGUCAUUUUGCAAAGUUCAACAACCUUCACUGAGGUGCAAAUCGUUUUGAACCACUAACACUAAAAGCUGCUUACUGACUGUCCCAGUCUGUUGAACAUGGUGUUCUGUUUUCUGCAAUGGUGGGAAAGAAGCUUCAUUAAACCCUAAAUGAGAGGAGCUAUGAUAUGCUCACUGAGACAGACCAAUCGUUUUCUACUUUGGAAGGCAUAUUGUUUUUAUUGAGUUUGUGAGUUGUUGUAGAUCCACACGUACUGUAAAGGCAGCAGUGUCAAACUUGUGCCCUCGAUGGCGGCAGGGUCUGCAGAUAUUUGCGGUUUCCCUCACUCCACAGCUGAUAAAGGCAUUGAGAACAAGGCCGUGUAGGUUCUUAUCCAUUCAACAUUUUGAAUGAAUCACUGGUGAUGAAAUGUCGAAAGUCAGCAGACACUGGCACUCCAGGACAGAAUUAUGCACAUUAAGGGAGUCAUAAAACCUUGUUUUUCCUAUUACUUGUGCUUUUCUACAUUUAUAUCACAUCGCCUAGACAGUUGCAAUUAUGUUUUCAAGGGCAAUACAUUGUGAAGCAAAUUUAGUUUCAUCUGGUUCGUGCAAAAGAGUAUGUUUUUUGUCUUGAACCAAUUAAACUGUUCACUGGAAGGUUUAGCCUUCAAAAGCCGAAUGCUGUAGAUAUGCUGUUGGGACAAUUAUUUUAUUAUGAACAAAAAAUCCAAGAUCUGUGCCUAUUUUACUUCCUUAUUCACUGUAUUGUUUCAAAAUUGAAUUUUUCAAAUGCUCAGUCAAUCUCAGUAUUUUAUCACACUGCCAAGAGUGAUUAGGAGAAUGGAUGGAGCUGCAAGAUUUUACCAAAUCCAGAUAUGACACAGGCCUUACUUAAAUUUUCUUUGUGUGUGUGUGUGCGUGUGUGCGUGCGUGCAUGAGAAUAUUGUGUCUUAAAUGAAUGUUGGGAAAAUAUUUAGUUAUUUUUUAAGUGUGGAAUGUGUAUAGGAUUUAAAUUGUAAAAAUAUUAAAUGGCUUUGUAUUAUGUCACUGAAGAGCUUUGAUAUAAAUUGUGUACAUGUCUGAAUAAUGUGUUCACUACCCUUUCAGACAGUUGACAGUGAGAUUAUUGUUUUCUAACCUGAAGGUUUGAAAUUCACCAAAACUUGAAUAAAAGCAAUAAUACCUAA